UCAGCGCGGUCCCGCCGUGACCUUCCCCUCCUCUCUUGCACCACGCGUUGUGAGCAUGGCGGCCGCGGCGAGGAUCCUGAACACGGUGGGGAAAGUCGGCCUCGGUCUGGCGGUGGCCGGAGGAGUCGUCAACACGGCUCUGUACAACGUGGAGGGAGGUCAUCGUGCGGUAAUUUUCGACCGAUUCCGUGGAGUGCAAGAUUUGGUGGUCGGCGAAGGCACUCACUUUGUCAUCCCCUGGGUUCAGCGGCCGAUCAUAUUUGACUGCCGUUCUCGACCUCGCAAUGUGCCUGUCGUGACUGGGAGCAAAGAUAUGCAGAAUGUCAACAUCACGUUGAGGAUCUUGUUCAGGCCCAUCGCUAGCCAGCUGCCCAAAAUCUACAUGAGCAUUGGCGAGGACUAUGAUGAACGUGUGCUGCCCUCGAUCACCACCGAGGUCCUCAAGGCCGUUGUGGCUCGGUUUGAUGCUGGGGAGCUGAUCACCCAACGAGAGCUGGUGUCCAGGCAGGUCAGCAAUGACUUGAUGGAGAGAGCAGCCACAUUUGGGCUCAUCUUGGAUGAUGUCUCCUUGACUCAUCUGACCUUUGGUAGAGAGUUCACACAGGCUGUUGAGGCCAAGCAAGUCGCACAGCAGGAGGCGGAGAGAGCACGCUUCGUCGUGGAAAGGGCAGAGCAGCAAAAGAAGGCCGCCAUCAUUGCAGCAGAGGGUGAUGCCAAGGCUGCACAGCUGAUCGCAACAGCGAUAUCCGAGGCUGGAGAGGGCCUGGUUGAGCUGCGCAAGCUGGAGGCGGCAGAAGAUAUCGCCAUGCAGCUGUCGAAGUCCCGAGGUGUAGCCUACCUGCCCUCGGGGCAGCACACGCUGCUCCAGCUCCCAGCACAGUAAAGCGACUGUGACAAUACAGUUUUUUUUCAAAGAGCGCUUAAUGUUAUCUGGUCAACCUGUUCCAUUUUGAAAUCUGAUGAUUGCAUUGAGUCUUGCUGAUGUUAUUUCCAUAACCAUAAACUUGUUUUGUUGAACCAAAAUAUAAAAAUUACAUCUUGCAGAGCUAUUUUAGUUCUUUACUCUGACAUCGGACAAAAUGCCUCUAGAUUCUGUGAUACAUCAGGGAUUAUCUGCAGUUACCAUUUGCUAAUACUGAGAUUUAUGGCUGACCCUUCCAUAGCUUUACCACCUUGAGAUCCAGUAAACAUGUACAUUUUGUUUAAACAGCCCCUUAGCUUGCAUUAAAUAUUCAGUGUGAUUAUUCACUGCCUUGGUAUAGUUAUUUACAUUUUGCAAAUCUAAUGUGCAACAAAUGAGAUGUUGCCAUGUAUGAACAGUGCAUCUCAUGAGCAAUUGCAAGCAUUGGGCCGGAGCACGAUAGGGGUAAGAGUCUUAUGAGAAUGGUUGAUGGUCUUGUUGGCAUUGUUAAAUAACUGCACAUUCUUUUUUUAUUACUCUAAAUUGUUUCCCAUUAAAGAUUGGUACAGUGCA